UUUCUCCCUUUAAGAGUUCUUCAUACCAGCAAAGACCGGGUAUUUUUGUUUUUCACCUGGUUCAAAAUACAACAGUAAUGCAGGUUAAAAACCUGUGCUUUCUCUUCAUUACUUGAGGGAACUGAGUACUACCCUUCAUUUCAUUUCACCCAUCAUUCAAAGUUACAACAUUUUCUCCCAUUAUUUUCAGCAAAAACUUGGAAUUUUACACCUCAAGUCAUUGCUUGAGCCAAAAGAAGCAGCUUUUCAUAAAAUUAUUUGCUUUCAAAUCUGGUUAGGGCCAUAUGAAAGGUGUGUGAAGCAAUGAGAGGUGGGAACAACAAGAACAACAAGCUUUCAUGGCCCAAGACAUUGGUCAAGAAAUGGUUCAAUAUCAAGAGUAAAGCUGAGGACUUUCAUGCUGAUGAUGUUGAUUAUAGAGGUGUUGAUGAAGAUUGGAGACACCGUUUUUCAGAGAAGGAGCCAUGCACCAUCAAGAAAAGUAGAACAGAGAGAUCGAGCAGCAGUAAUUCGGAUCUAGCUGGGCGAGGUAAAGUCGAUCUCAAUGGUUCACAGUUUACGGAUGUGCAUGAUUAUAGGAUUUUUGUAGCUACAUGGAAUGUGGCUGGAAAAUCUCCUCCUAGUUAUUUGAAUCUUGAAGAUUGGCUUCAUGCUUCUCCUCCUGCUGACAUUUAUGUUCUCGGUUUUCAAGAAAUUGUCCCUUUGAAUGCCGGUAAUGUGUUGGGAACCGAAGACAAUGGACCGGCUAGGAAAUGGCUAGCUCUCAUUAGGAAGACACUGAAUAGUCUUCCUGGCAGCAGCGGUUGUUGCCACACGCCUUCGCCGAUCCCCGAUCCACUUGUGGAACUGGAUUCCGACUUUGAAGGAUCGACGAGGCAGAAACAUUCGUCUUUCUUUCACCGCCGAUCGUUUCAAUCCUUGGGCCGUAGCAUGAGAAUGGAUAACGACAUGGCAAUGCUGCAACCCCAUCUCGACCGCCGCUUCAGUGUCUGCGAUCGUGUUAUAUUUGGACAUAGGCCUAGUGAGUAUGACCCUAAUGUCAAAUGGGGUUCCUCUGAUGAUGAAAACGGACAGGGGGAUUCUCCGUGGAAUGCUCAAUAUUUGCAAUAUUCUCCAAUGUCAUAUGGUGGAUCUUUUGCCAUGGAGGAAACCAGUAGGCAGAUGGGGCAUUCAAGGUAUUGUUUGGUUGCCAGCAAGCAAAUGGUAGGGAUAUUUCUAACUGUGUGGGUGAAGAGUGAUCUUCGAGACGAUGUUCGCAACAUGAAAGUGUCCUGUGUUGGCAGAGGAUUGAUGGGAUAUCUCGGAAACAAGGGAUCCAUUUCUAUUAGCAUGUCUUUGCAUCAAACCAGCAUUUGCUUCGUCUGUAGUCAUUUAACAUCCGGGCAAAAAGAGGGCGAUGAGCUGCGAAGAAACUCCGAUGUCAUGGAGAUCCUAAGGAAGACAAGGUUUCCCAGGGUUCACGGUAUCAGAGACGAGAAUUCUCCCCAAACAAUUCUAGAGCAUGAUCGUAUUAUAUGGCUCGGGGAUUUGAAUUAUCGGAUUGCUCUGUCGUACCGUUCUGCGAAAGCUCUGGUCGAGAUGCGCAAUUGGAAGGCACUGUUAGAGAAUGACCAGCUUCGGAUAGAGCAGAGGCGAGGCCGUGUUUUCGAAGGAUGGAGUGAAGGAAAAAUAUAUUUCCCUCCUACAUACAAAUACUCUAAUAAUUCAGACAGAUAUGCAGGAGAGGAUAGGCACCCAAGGGAGAAGCGAAGGACCCCCGCAUGGUGCGAUCGUAUACUGUGGUAUGGAAGAGGCCUAUAUCAGCUAUCUUAUGUUCGUGGGGAGUCUAAGUUCUCUGAUCAUAGGCCUGUCUACAGUGUAUUUUCAGCCGAGAUUGAGUCUAUUAACCUCAGCCGAAUGAGGACAGGCAUGAGUUGUUCCAGUGCCAGGAUCGAGGUUGAAGAGCUGUUGCCACAGGCACACGGAUAUACCGAACUCGGUUUCUUUUGAGUUAAUCUUUAACAAUCCAUGUUUCCAUGCGGUAACUUACAGAACAAGCAACAGGAUUAAGUGCACAAUUCGUGCAAGCUGUUAACAGGAUAUCAAGUCAACUUCGAGUUGUAAAAUAGGACUCGUCAACCCAAAUAACUCGAAAUUUUUUUUACUCGACUCAAUCGACCGCCCACCCCUAAGUGUGAUUUGCAGGAACCGUGCUCUCUCACAACCAAUAAGGUGGUCACUGCCCUAUGACAAAACCAUACCAACCAUGGUGGCAUUAAAGACACGACGUCGCCCACACUCCGAAAACAAGGUUCGGCAUUGGCUCCUAACACUUGAAAAACACAUCCAUGGCUUGACAUAACUUACAAGACAAGUUGUUUGUCUUUGUUCUUGUCCAAAUUCCAUAAACACAAAAUUACAGCAGAGAAAGAUAAUUUUUUUUUUAACCGAGAGAAUGGGGAAUCAAUUGUCAAUUCCUCCAUGUACUAGUUUUGGAAAAUUAAAGCCUGGAGAUGUGAUGCAUACUCAUUACCAGUGGAUAAAAA